AUGGGGUAGUGGAAGGCGAGUAGUGACUAGUGAGCAUACAGAGUACGUGACUGGUAGCAGUUGAGCAUCCGCUCUGAUAGCUGGAACAAGCACAGCUCCGUGACGUGAGAUACACGCGGUGGGCUGCCAUCAUGCUUCCUGUUGAGCACAAACCACUGCACGUUCCCCCGCUGGAGGAAGUGGCAUCUGUCCUAGAGGCUGCCUUGAAAAAGAAUUUUGCAGAGGCCGCAGUUUCAGUGGUAGAAUGCCCGGAUUUGACGAAAACACCUUACAAUCUUGGGGCAGCAGGGUUGUGUGGUUCUCCUAGGUUGGCUGACGUGGGCGGAGUUCCAUAUCUGAUGCCCACUGUUCAAAAGGAUAAAUUGUAUGACAUAAAAGACUUGGCAGGUUGUGUUGACCUUCCAAAUUCCUUCAUCGUGGGAGCAGGAGCUGGUCCACACAAGUAUAUUGGCGUGAACAGUGAGCUGAUGGCCAACGUCGUGGUGGGGGACAAGGCUUGCAAUGGUUCCAGAGCUGCCAAGGUCGAUGCCGCAGGCAAGUGUGAACUCUUAAGCUUACCUCAAGAACAAACCGGCUGUGCCUUGAUGCUAAACAUGUUUGCUAGUGAGGGCAAGGGCGGGAAGGUUCUCAAAGUGCAAGCUAAAAAGCGCACUGCAGACAACAAUUUGGUGAGUUGCCUGCGCCAAGCCCUGGAGAGCCACUAUGGAGACAAACCUGUCGGUCUGGGAGGAACCUUCAGGCUGGUGCAAGGCAAGGCUAAAACACACGUCAUGCCGGACUUUUCCCCUGUACCACUGACCUGCAAUGACGACGUCAACAAGUGGCUCAAUUUCUAUGACAUGGAGGCCCCGAUGGUGUUCCUGUCCACGCUCAUCUCUCGAGAUCCCGGCCUGGACCUGCGCGUGGAGCAUUCCCAUGGUUACGGGGACGACCGUGGCGGCCAUUACCAUUACGACACCACCCCGGACACCGUUGAGUACGAGGCUUACUACAACGUGGCUGAGUACAUUUACAGAGUAGACAAACCCGUCGCUACUCACGGCUUUGGAAGGAAUUAAUGUUACUGUGUCUAUCUAUCCCGGAAAGAUGGAAUGCUAGUUUCAGAGGUCUAGUUUUCUUUCGUUCGAGUUGUAUUGCUGACUGGGAUACGGAUUGAAUUUUUAUAUUCUUAAUAAAAGGUGUAAAGGAGCAUU